CCUCCAUGCCACACACAACAGUCGCUCUUCUUCUUCUUCUUCAGUGUCCGAGGCUCAGCAGUGGUAGGCUGGUAGCACAUCAUGGCAGACAACCUCAGCAAGCAGCCACGGAAGGGCAUACUCAAGAAUUCCUCGAGUUUUGAAGGGAACGAGAGACAAAGAGAGAAGGGUACAAAAUGGGACGAAAUGAACAUCUUGGCGACGCUCCACCCCAAGGACAAAGACUACGGCCACAUGAAGAUCGAGGAGCCCAAGACGCCCUACGCCAAGUACAGCGAAGGGGACUCCGGGGAUGAACAUGAAGGGCUUGACGCUGACCUGCUAGCCAGAAAAAUUCAACUGGGAGGCAAUGAACUUCCCAAGGCACUGGUUGAGCCUGAAGAUGAGGACUCGAGUGAUGAUGAAGACAUCAGCCCUGAAGAAAGAGAAAAGAGGAAAAUAUUUGAAAUGAAGAGAAAGCAGCACUACAAUGAGUACUACGCCGUGAAACUCGCCCGGAAGCUAAUGGAAGACGAUGAUGAGGAGGACGAAGACGAUUGCGAAGAGGACGAGAGCAAAAAGUCCACAGGUAAAGAUGAGGGAGUGAGUACAAAUGAUGAGAAAGACACAAACAUGGAGGAGGUGAUAGAGGGUGACGAUGCAAGGUCAGGAGGUCACAGUGAAAAGAUGGCAGUGGUGGGGGAGGAGCAGGAGGUCAGCGAGUUAGGCUCCUAAAGCCAUGUACAGAAGGGAAGAAGACAAGCUGUAAAACCUGAAAUAUUUGUAGCACUUCCUCCUUCGGCAGAAAUGGCAAUCCCUGCAGUUCGACAGUUACCAUUAUGAAUACUACUGCUCAUAUAUAUAGUCUAGUUUCCAUCAAGGUAGAAGAGAGUAGACAAACCCAACUAUCAUUUGAUACCGUGUCUAUCUAGUAUAUUUUUUCUCUUAUUCAUAGGUCUCAGCAAAAGGAUCCGCUGUGUGAUUUUAUAAAGUUUCUCUUCCCAUAGUCUGCAUAAACUCUUGAGCGAACUGUUCACCCAGCAUCCAUGACAGUGAAUCACAUACAUUUGGAACACAGCCAGUCGUCAGUUUACACCUUUUUGGGUUUUUGUCUGUGUUUUAAUUGAAUGUUUGUCAUUGUCAUUAUGCUCUGUUUUUCCUCCUCAUCACUUGUCGCCUUGAUUCCUGUCCCUGCUGAAAGGAACGUUUCCUAAUGAUCGGCACCAAACCAUAUCAGUUGAAUGUAAUCAGUGUUAUCAGAAUAGUUAAAUUCCGUUUACUUAACUUGCCUAAGGUAUGUUUGCUGCUACCUUGCUGCGUCUCCGAAAUGCACGAAAGUAAGACAAGUUGAACAGUCAGUGUACAUAGUGCGUGUAGGCUGCAAGCUUGAGGAUCACAGUAUUCAGUGUAGAUUGGCGACUUGCUGUGCACCAGAGCCUCAGAUCUAUUUUAGUUUUUUUAGUGUUUGUUAUUUUCUUGUCAGAGUACUUCUCAUUAGCGAAGACUUGUGUGUGUUAAAGAUGUAUGGCAGACUGCAUUUUGCCAAAAUUUUCAUCAGGGAUCUCAUCUGAAGACAGGAGUACCUUCCAAUCAUGUUGGAAAGUGUCACAAAGCUAUGUUGGUCUAGCUUGUUGCUGAGUGCUGAAACUAAUUUUAGAUGGUUAGUGAAAGUAUUUUUGUCAAAGUUUUAUAGAGCCAUUGCAUGUAGUGAUGUAAGUUUAGAUUUUUUGGUUUAUUUAUUUAUCUGAAAAUAAACCUGCAGUGUUGCCACUGGUGAGUCAUCACCAGUGUUGCCAUAUAUUGUUCCAGAGUGUUCCAUGUUAUAACCACAUAUCACCUGAGCACAGCUUGUUUGGGUUACAAAUGUUUUUUGUUACCUGGCAUUGAAAUGUUGAUUCAUUUCACUUCAGUGCUGGCUUUACCCAUUCAAUUGAUUUCAGCACACUUAUAAUGCUAUCUAACAAUUGAGGCGUCUAGUGCUCAAGGGGCGAACAAGCCAAUUACCUAGUUUUGAGCUACAGGAACGUUAAAAAAAAAUCAAGCAUUGCAACAACAUAAUGAAAAACACACAUAGCAAUAUCAUCAUACAUCAAUAUAAAGUUUUCAGUUAGACAUAUUCAAUGGAAUGAGUGUUUGCGUGAAAAUGUGUUAAUUAUUAAAAAAAAAACAUGUAAGGGUGUUUUUUUAUUAAUGCAUGUUUAAUAUCUGAUUUAAUCCAAACUCAGAAAAUUAAAAGAACAUGAUGUAACUAACAGCCAGUUUAAAUUUCAAAACAAUUUCCAUAUUUAGGUGUUUUAUGAGUGUUUUACUAGUAGCUGAUGUUUAACUGAGUUUCAUUAAAGCAGAAUAACUUGCACAAACUUCAAAGUGUACUGUAUCAAAAUUUGAAAGCUUUUAAAUUAAAUAAUAACAUGGGCUGAUUUUUUUUUCACAUCUGCCAUUUAUAGGAGAAAAACGGCAAAUAACACGUAAUGGUGGUUUUUUUAUGUAUGAGUAAUUAUUGACCGAUUUACUUUAAACGUGGCACGCUGUGAUAACUCAUUAUAGUUAAAAUUAUAUGUUAAAAGUUAAAGUUUCCCACUGAUAUUAUAAUUUGGUGCAUAGUCUAUGUUUGGUGGCAAAUCUGCUCAUCAUCAUGAGAGGGGGGAGGUUACUUUAAUAAUCCAGGAUAUCAUCAGUGGGGUCGUCCACACAUAUGGCGUGACUGCUGUAAGGGUUGUGGAAGCGAGGAGCUGAUUGGCUGAGUGCGCGAAUGUAGACACACAGACUAGUAGCAACACUGCCAUUAGUCAGCCAUGUUGUGCCUCCGCCCUUAGAGCCCUAAUACAGCCGACUUCAUACACUGCAGACAGGCAAAAACACACUACUCUCACCACCCUUUUACUGGACCAUAGAGACCAAUUUCCCAUUUUCACAUUCACAGAGGGUUGCACAGUGCUUACAUCUAGUGGAAACUGAAGGAAACUCAAAAUUCGCCAUGUUGGCAUGUUUGCCCCUCAAGCUCUAGAAGCCUCAAUUGUUAUAAUGCAAAGAUGCCGUGCUAUUGUUUCAGCAAAGUUUUUACCUUGUGGCCUGGUUAUUCACUGAUUAGGUUAUUCCUUUGUGCAUUUUGUCAUGUUUCCAAUGAAACCGUGCCUCCUAAUCAACAGAAGCAGAAGGUUAAGGCAGCACGCUUUGCCCCAGAGUAAUAUCCUCAUACAUAAUGGGAAAAGAGAAGAAGGAGGAGACGAACAUUCAAGUAAGCCUGUCCAACAUGUCUCACUGACUCUUCUCUGUCAAAAAAAGUUUGCUGUGAUGAGCAAAACAUUCUCCAGUAAAUACAUUGCCAACCAUUGUUUAUGAAAA